AUGGCGCUCUCAAUCCGCUCAAUAACUCGCCAAUCCCGAUCUCUCGUCCGGUCAUUCACAACUCCUUCUCUCCCCUCCAACUCAUCCUCCACGCCCCCUCCACCAAUAAAUGCCGAAGCGUCUUCAUCAUCAGCGGUAGCGGAGGCGUAUAAGGUACCUCGUACAGCAAACGGGGAACUACCAGUGUAUAGCAAAUUGAGAAGAGGGAAUAUGUGGAAGACGGUGGUGCGGAAUGUAGAGGGUGAUGUCGGUUCAUUACAAGCCGACCUCAAUGCGCUCUUCCAGCAAACACAUAUCGACCCAUUGUUACCGGCUCCCGUCGUCACUGUGCGACCGACAAAUCAACAUCUGGAGGUGAAGGGGAGGUGGGUCCCACAGGUGAAGGAAUGGUUGGAGGGAAGGGGUUUUUGA